UGUUGUGUUAUGUCAGGUGGCAUGAUAAGACGAGGACGGGGAUAAAUGCACUUGCCAGUCUAAAUGACUAGCUGUGCACGUUCAAACUAAACUACCUAUUUCUUAUCGUAUGACAGGAACAAGUGAAAGGCCUGGCCAUGCCUAGCUCUCUGCUGUGGGCGGUGGACGUGUACGGCCGCGUCUACAGCCUGUCCACGGCCGCCCAGCAGUGGGACCAGUGUCGCGAUGCCGCCAUGGAGUUCAAGCGGGUGACGGCCGUGCGCCAGUGCUGCUGGGGCAUCGCCUGUGACCACAACAUCUACCUGAACGUGCACGCCAGCGACCUGCCCAUUCGCUACCAGGAGGACGCCUUCGAGAACCAGAGGUGGAACCCCGUGGAUAGCUUCUCGGAGCGGCUGUUGCCGAGUGACCGCUGGCAGUGGAGCGACGUGACGGGCCUGCAGCACCGGCCCCUGGACGGCUUCCAGCUGCCCUCAGCCAACUGGGAGUGGGAGGCCGACUGGUACAUCGACGAGAACUUCGGAGGAGAGCCCACCGACAAAGGGGGCUGGACGUACGCCAUAGAUUUCCCGGCCACCUACACCAGAGAUAAGAAGUGGAACUCGUGUGUCCGUCGCAGGCGAUGGAUACGCAACAGGAGAUACAAGGCCAGAGACUCCUGGGCCAAGAUUCCGUCUGAGCAGGCUGCUGGUCCGCUGCCCGACCCCUUUAACGACAUCAGCGCUGGGGGCUGGGAGCUCACCGAUGACCCUGCCGGGCGCCUCUCUCUCUGGGCCGUCUCACUACAGGGAAAAGUGUGGUUCCGAGAUGGAAUCUGCCACAACAAUCCGGAAGGUUCCGCGUGGGAGGAGGUGAACAUUCCGGGGGAGGUGGUGCAGAUCAGCUGUGGGCCGGUGGAUCUGGUGUGGGCCGUGCUCUGGGAGGGACAGCUGCUGGUCAGGGAGGGCAUCACACGAGACUGCCCCAAAGGGAACUCCUGGGUGGUGGUUGAUUCUCCCAGUCCGGACAUAGGAGCCAUCCAUGUCGCCGUGGGGGUCAACGUGGUGUGGGCCAUCACCAAGGAUAACAAAGUGUGGUUUCGGCGGGGCGUGAAUUCCCAUAACCCCUGUGGCUCCGGCUGGAUCGGCAUGGUGGGGGAGAUGGUCAUGAUCAACGUGGGACUAAAUGACCAGGUGUGGGCCAUCAGCUGUGAGGACCGGGCCGUGUACUUCCGGCAGGGCGUGACGAGCAGCGAGUUGAGCGGUAAGGCCUGGAAGGCCGUGUCUGUACCCAGAGACUCGGACCGCUCCGCCUCCAGCGCCAGCAACGGCAGCAUGCACAGUGCCGGUUGCUUCUUCGGGGGAGAGGUGCGUCUCCAAUCCCAGGCCUCCGUCCUGAGUGAUGUGGACUCGGACUCGGAGCGGAGAGGCUCCGUGGGUGGACUCCUUCCCGACCCAGACACCUCCCCCAUUCCCAUGGGAACCACCAUCAGCACUGCCACAGACGUCGACAUGCCCAAGCCCCGCAUCCCCAAGGUCACGAGCGACAGCUUCAUCUCCGAGCUGGUGUCGGACCGCGAGGGCCAGGUGGGGCGGCGAGACGGGCCCCCCUCCACCUCCUCCAUCAUCCAUGAGGAAGGGGAGCAACCAUCGCUGAUGGGAGAGGGGAGCGAGGUGGAGAAUGUUGACCUGGGAGGCGAUGCUACAUCGGGGGCAGAUGCAGCAGCAGCAGCAGUGGGGGCGCCCCCUACUCUGGUGCUCUCCCCCAGCCAGUCCUCCUCCGGAGGCCCUCAGUGGAGCAACGUGGACCUGGAGGAGGCGCAGCAUCUCAGCCCAGAGGAGGUGCAGAGGCUGGGGGAUGGGCUGACUCACCUGACUGUGGGUGGGGGAGGCGGCGCGGCAGGAGGGGACGGAGGGGCCGAUAGCUGUAGCUUGUCGUCGGUGGUGACGUACCACAUGGGGCUGGAGGAGCUGUACGGGCCGGACGAGCGCCCGCUCUGGGCGUGGGUGAGCGGCGGAGCCUGCGCCGUGGACUGCCACUCCCCGCUCGCCUGGUUCAACUCCAUAGGUACAAAUUCGUCUGCCCAGUCCAUGUCCCUCUCCAUCACUCCCGCCCAGUCGGCAGCCUGGAGAAAGCAGAUAUUUGAGCAGCUCAACGAGCGGUCCAGGAGGGAGAUGGACAACUUCAAACACUACGAGCAGGCCAUUGAGCAAGAGGCCAGUGCCCCUUCUUCUGAGGAAGGGGAAGAAGCACUGGCAGCCAAGAAAUCUGUGUGGGUGAAGAAGGGUGCUAUGCAGUGGUGGCGAGACUGGAAACCUCACAAGUGGACGGAUAUCCGCUUUGCUCUGGAGCAGUUCUCGGGAGCCGAGGGAAACAAGGACGGCAUCCUCUUCAUAUACUACACUUUCAAUGAGGAGAAGAAGUAUCUGCACGCGUUUGUGAACGAGGUGACGGUCCUGGUGCCAGUGCUGAACGAGGCCAAGCACACGUUUGCCAUCUACACGGCGGAGAGGACCAAGCAGCGGUGGCCAAUACGCGUGGCGGCGCCAACGGAGCUGGAGAUGUACGACUGGCUGGCCCUGCUCAGCGUGUCGUGCUGUGACUCGCGGGGGAUCCACGGCCCCCCCUCCAAACAGGCCAUCUGGUCCAUCACCUGUAAAGGGGACAUCUUUGUCAGCGAGCCCACGCCGGAGCUGGAGGCAUCGCCCUACCCCAUGCCCUGCGACCAGAUGUUCUGGAGGCAGGUGGGCGGUCACCUGCGCAUCAUUGAGUGCAACAGCCAGGGGGUGGUGUGGGGCAUCGGCUACGACCACACUGCCUGGGUCCACACUGGGGGAUACGGAGGAGGAUUCUUCCAAGGCCUCUCCAGCAGCACGGAUAACAUCCACACGCAGACGGACGUGAAGAGUGUGUACAUCUAUGAGAACCAACGCUGGAACCCUGUCACCGGAUACACUAACAAGGGUCUCCCUACUGACCGCUACAUGUGGAGCGAUGCCUCAGGCCUGCACGAGUGCACCAAGACCAACACCAAGCCCCCCUCUCCACACUGGACCUGGGUCAGUGAGUGGGCUGUGGACUACGGUGUCUCAGGAGGGACAGACAGAGAAGGCUGGCAAUAUGCUGCAGAUUUCCCAGCGUCAUACCAUGGUCACAAAACCUUGAAGGACUUUGUGCGACGGAGGCGCUGGGCCAGGAAGUGCAAACUGACCACCACGGGCCCCUGGCUGGAAGUCCCGCCCAUCCCCUUGAGUGACAUCUCCAUCCUCCCGUGCAGUGCCAGGGGCAGCCUGGAGCAGGUGCCCCUCUGGGCCAUCAGCAACAAGGGGGAUGUCCUGUGUCGCCUGGGGGUCACCCAGGAAACACCUGCCGGCGUGUCCUGGCUGCAUGUGGGUACUGACCAGCCCUUCAAGUCGGUCUCCAUCGGCGGUGUGCAUCAGGUCUGGGCCAUCGCCCGGGACGGCUCUACCUUCUACAGGGGCGCGGUGUCCGCCCAGAACCCAGCAGGGGACUGCUGGUACCACAUCCCUCCCCCCGCCAAGCAGAAACUCAAACAGGUGUCUGUCGGCAGGACCUCCGUUUACACCGUCGAUGAGAACGGUAACCUGUGGUACAGGCACGGCGUGACCCCUAGUUACCCCCAGGGCUCCAGCUGGGAGCACAUCUCCAACAACGUGCGCAAAGUCUCCGUCGGACCCCUGGACCAGGUGUGGAUCAUCGCUGACAAGGUGCAGGGUAGUCACAGCCUGAGCUGUGGGACGGUGUGCAGGAGACUUGGGGUCCAGCCCAUGGAGCCCAAGGGACAGUCCUGGGACUACGGCAUCGGGGGUGGCUGGGACCACAUCACGGUGAGGGCCAACUCCACGGAGGCCCCCCGCAUCAACAUGGGAGCGGCGGCAGCUCCACCGGAGAUCCUCACCCAGCAGCAGCUGCUCCAGCGGAGGCAGAGCCAGCAGAGCCAGCAGAGCCAGACCCCUCCACGCAGUCCCCUGCCAUCUCACCACCCCCAGACACCCCCGCGAAGCCCCCUGCCAUCCCACACCCAGACACCCCCGCGAAGCCCCCUGCCCAGCCUCACUCAAACGCCACCAAGAAGCCCCGUGCCGCCGACCCACCACAGCCAGACACCUCCACGCAGCCCAGUUCCCUCCCACACCCAGACGCCUCCACCCAGCCCCCUGCCCUCCACGCACACCCAGGAUGAGGAGGACGCCAGGGGUUCGCAGGGAGGCACCCAGGUGGACGCCCAGGCCCAGGAGGACACCCAGAGCAGUGGCAACAACACCACCCAGGGCACUCAGGCUCGCGCCCGCGCGGACACCCUGGAGCCCCGGGAGCAAGACCCAGAGAGGGAGGACGACGGCCCGAAAGACAGCCAGGAUUUCGUGGAUACCCAGGAGCCUUCGGAGGAGAGCAGCCAGGAGUUUCAGGACGCUCAGGAAGGCCACGAUCCCUAGAGUCACGGCAGCGCCACGGGCUGCUGAAAUCUCAGACUUACGUGUACUACACACACCUUUUUUAUAGGAUUCACACACACACACACCCUCCACAGGAUCCUCAUGCCCACAGGUGACCAAAGUAAAAGUAGAAGUAAAAAAAACAAAACCUGCCAUAGUAUCUUUCCAACACAAGUAACUUCACUGAGUAACUGGUCUAUCAGGUCAAAUCUGGACGCCCAGCCCUGCCGUGGCCACAACCGGUAGGGCACACGCCUGCCAUGCGUCUGACCCGGGUUCGAUUCCCGGCCCGGGGCCUUUGCCGGCCCCUCCCCUCGUCUUUCUCUCCCAAUUUGCUUCCUGUCCACCUCUCACACUGUCCUAUCAAAAUAACGUCGAAGAAGACCAACAACAAAAAAAUCUUCAAAUCUGGACGCCCAGAGAGAUGGCAAUGCACAGGGACCCUCAUCAUGACCCACUAGACACCCAGAAGGACCCCACAAAACAGCCAGAUCACCCAGAGCAACGGUUGAGCUGUGUGGGCUGUCAGGCAGGAACUAACAGACACCCUCCUUCCAUCGUACCAAUCAGGAUCUAUAGAAUGGUCUCACAGCUGUGAUGCUCAAACCGCAAAACACUCUCCUUCCACUUCCAAGCACCCGCCCGCACAUGCAACCGUACUCUGCAGGAGCAGUGACAACACUGUUACUGUUUUCAGGCCAACCAGACCAGUGCCGGUGCCCGUACCCUCACCUGUUAACUUUGACACUAAAGUGAUUUAGCUGCGAACCAUCCACGUUCAUACCGGGCUCUGAACUUUUCCCGCAC